AUGACACUAUACUUGCUUUAUGACAAUAUAUAGUUUUGUUUAAUACUGAAUACUAUUCUUACUACUAACUUCAGCAUUGUAAGCUAUAUGUAAUAUACUCGAUGAAAGUAAUCAUAUAAACACCAUUAAGAAGAAAAAAAAUUAUUUGCGAGUAAAAAUUAUUUGCGAGUAAAAAGUUACAUAUAUAAUAUACUAUUUACCUUAUUAAUUAGACAUAUGUAAGCCGCGCGCGAGCAAUUGCAGAAUAGCGAGGCAAAAUUAAAGAAAGAGCACUUGUUUCUUAUUGUUUUGUAAUAUCAACAGUUUCAUAUUAUUUACAUAGAAUUAAAAUUGUCUUAUAUUUAUCAAACCAUUUUCUCUAGUUUUCGAUAAAUUAUCCUACGCACUAACUUUACAUUAGUAAAUUCUUGCAAAUAUUGUUCAACUAUAUUGUAUUCUUAACUAUCGCUUUCUUCGUUCAUGUUUUUGUUUCUGAACGGAAGGGGGAAAAUAGUUAUAAGAUAAAAUAGAAAGAGGAGAUAACAUAAAUUGAUGUUGCAAUUAACCGUAUUCCAGUAUCCUUUUAAUUUACAUUCUCAAUUUUAGGCUGUGACUUUCGUAUUUACACGCACCCACACACGUGUGUAUAUAUAUAUAUAUAUAUAUAUAGGUGUGUGUAUAUAUAUAUAUGUAUAUAUAUGAUGUGCGUAGGUUUAAGGAAAGACAUAAUACCUGAACACAUACAUAUAUAAUAAAUAAAUAUAUAUACAUAUAUAUACACACACACACAUGGAAGGAUAUAAAUAUGUGUAUGUGUGUGUUACGUAUAUACCGUUAAGUGGUUCUCUCAGUGACAAGCUGAACUGACGAGAAAGUACAGUAGUCUCGCUUUGCCAGCAACACUUGCUGGUUACUUUCUAUGGGUGGGUAGCUAAAUUAUUAUUUGUAAUUGUAACAUACAUACAUAUUAAUUUCUCUCUACGUGUAGUUUAAUCCUUUGGCGAGUGUUUUUUUUUAUUUCUUAAAAAGAAAAUUUAAAAAAAAAAUCUCUCCUCAUGACCAAGGGACAGAAAAAAAGAGGGAAAUCUAAGGACUAUCUCUUAUUCAAGCCCAUUAAGAGAAUAAAAAUUAAAGGUGAUAAAUAUAUUAUUUAAUUAAUCAGGACUUUUUCAAAAACACAGAACAUAUUUUAAACCAAAGAAACGAGGAAUAGUGGAGUGGAAAAACAAUUCUUUUUUGAAUACAAACGAACCAACAAAAAUACCAAGAAGAACUAAAAUAUAGCGUAAGAAAACAACUAUGGAUCCAGAUAUGGGGGAGACUGUGUAUGGAACCCAAGAGGAAGGACACGUUAUGUCGGAGAAGGUGCAGACACUGGCAGCUAGCGUCUACAAGGAGUUCGAACGGAUGAUCAAAAAAUAUGACGAGGACGUUGUCAAAGAACUGAUGCCGUUGGUGGUUGGCAUUCUGGAGAGUUUAGAUAAUGCAUUCUCAGACAAGCAACAAAUAGAGGUCGAGUUAGAACUGUUGCGAGAUGAUAAUGAACAGCUCUUAACACAAUAUGAAAGGGAAAAACAGCUACGCAAGGCUGCGGAACAGAAAUUUUUUGAAGUUGAAGAUGCAAUUGAAGGAGAGAAAAAAGAACUUCAAGACAAGGUUGAAAGCUUGGAAUCUAUUGUGAGAAUGUUAGAACUAAAGGCCAAAAAUUCAGCAGAUCAUGUUUCUCGUUUGGAGGACAAAGAGGCAGAAAUGAAGAAAGAAUACAGCAAACUACAUGAGAGAUAUACUGAGUUGUUCCGAACUCAUAUGGAUUAUAUGGAACGUGCUAAAAUUGUGAUGGGCACAGACAGACUUGCUGAUCUUGCCAAUAGUCCUCGUGUAAAAAGUGGCUUCCAAUUACCAAACUUACGACCCGUCAAUGUUAAUAUCUAUGGCGGGGCAGGAGACACACCAACAAAGAGUGAAAACAGCCCUGUUGGUUUCGAUGUGACAUCACCAGGACGUCCUCACUCUUCGAAUACAAGUCUUAAAAGUGAGCUUAGUGAUGCUGAGUCACCAGAGAAAAUAUCUAAUCGCUUAAGUAAGAGUAUAGAGGUAGAAUGUAAAACCCAAACGACGGAGAAAAGUCAAGUAACUGAUGCAAUAGAUGUCCGGGAGUCGGGAACUGCAACGAAAAUUGCUGAUACAGGUUCAAAAACAGUAGACGCUGGGAAGCAACCUGUUCCUCAAAAUGAAACCACAGCUGUCACAGUAGAUUCUGAGAAAGUUCAAACAGAAAAAUCAGCUGAAGUCAGUGCGGUGGAUGAUAAACCUUCAGAGGUUGAAAAGCAACCUGCUGCAAAUGAUACGAUGCCAGUGAGGGUUCCAGAAGAAAUCAAAACAGCUGCCCCAGUAAAGAACAAAACUGCCUUGAAAUUGAACGAACCAUUACCUCCACUUGUAUUAGACCGUACACCAAAUGCUAUAAUUCCAAACACACCUGAGCUUGAUGAACCUGCAGAAGCUCUAAGCCAAGCUAAUGCAGCAAAUAAAAAGAAUGUCAAAAUAAAUAAUGAAUCUAUAUACAAUGAGUUUGCAAUGCAAGAUUCAGAUCUCAUCGGUGAUGUUGACUUUGGUGCUGAUAUAACUGGUAGUGCAGUCAAUCCUGGAGAAUAUGCUUCCUCAGAAAGUGAUAAGGAAAAUGACAGAGAGUCUACUGUGAGCGACAACUUUUUCGGUAUGGGUAAAGAACUUGAAAACUUGAUUCUAGAGAACACUGAAUUAUUGGCUACUAAAAAUGCUUUGAAUGUUGUAAAAGAUGACCUUAUUGCCAAAGUUGAUGAACUUACCAGUGAACAUGAAAUUAUGCGCGAGGAAAUCAAUUCUCUACAGACAGUAAAAUCACGACAAAUACAGCGCAUCUCAGAAUUAGAAGAUAACUUAAAGAAAGUGAAAGAAGAAUUAGAGAAAAAAUCUCAGGUUGCUCAAGCUGAUGAAGAAGAUGAUAUUCCAAUGGCUCAGAGGAAACGGUUCACACGUGUUGAAAUGGCACGGGUAUUGAUGGAACGCAAUCAAUACAAAGAACGUCUUAUGGAACUACAAGAAGCAGUCAGAUGGACAGAAAUGAUCCGUGCUUCAAGAGAACAUCCAGAUUUAGCUCCUACUAAGAAGAAGUCCUCUAUUUGGAAUUUUUUCAGCAAUCUGUUUAACACCUCCAAUAAGCCUAGCAAGAAACCACUGCCAGUCGCUACCGUACGAUACAAUGCUCCAACCACCCAUGUCCAACCAGUCGGAGACCCCAACAAAAAGCAACGUAGCAAGUACAACUUGGGAGAAAAAGCAAAAGCCUAUGAAUUUUUACAAGAUGAAGGAGUUUCAGAGAAAACCAAGAAGGAGAAAGAGAGGGAACGAUGGGAACAAUACAAACAAGUCAGGGUUCAUGUUAAGAAAGAUGAUGGAAGAAUGCAUGCAUACGGAUGGAGUCUUCCAGCUAAAUCCCAACCAACAAUUCCCCGUGAAAUACACAACAAAAGCCAUGUACCUGUCCCUGUACCAAUAUAUUGCAGACCAUUAUUAGAGAAAGAACCAGGCUUGAAGAUAUGGUGUGCUGCUGGUGUAAAUUUGACAGGUGGCAGGACAAAAGAUGGCGGUUCCAUUGUUGGAGCCAGUGUUUUCUACUCUAACCCACCAUCUGAAGAACUAGAAAAAAAGAAAGAAACCAAAGAUGAGAUCGAAAAGUUAAAUGAAGAACUCAAGGUUUGUGCCUAUGAUUUGGAAUGUUGCUUGGAACAUGAGAAGAACCUAAAACAAACUGAGAAAGAACAGAUGUCAUCAUUUGUGUGGAUUUGUACCAGCACUCAGCCAUCCAGUAGGGUUACAGUUAUUGAUGCUAACAAUCCUGGAGAUAUAUUGGAAACCUUCAAAGUCACAUCCUCACAUAUCUUAUGUAUAGCCAGUGUUCCAGGUGCCAUGGAGUCUGACUACCCAGUGGAAGAGGACAUUUUGAAAGCUGAUGCCUCUUCUCCUCACACCAAUCCACCCUCGUCACCAGGUGGGUCCGGUAGCACUAACUCAGACAGUGGUAUAGGUGGUAUAACAUUUGUACAAUGUGCAACUGGUGCUGCUAGUAGAACGACCAGCAAAAGUUCUUCACCCACUGAUUCACCGGCUCUAAGAGAGAGCAGUCCUGAUGGCAGAUCUUCAUUGGAAACUGUCAAAGAAGCUGUUAAAACUCUGAAAGAAAAAGUUGAUGACACUAAAGAGGGUGACGAUAUCCCUGAAGAUCGAGGAAAUCCUGAAGGCAGUGAGUCAGUUGAUGCCCAAGGUUCAUUGAUAAAAGCAACUGGAUCACCAGCAUCGUCUGGCACUACUACACCAACGUCGAGUCCUUCACUGGGUCUUGAAAAACGUCUUCUCCAAGAACCGACGGAACUUGUGAAAGAUGGCAUUUCCACUCUCCCGACUGAUAAUGAUUUGCAAUAUGAAGAAGUCGAAAAAAUGAGCAGUGUCUUACCUACAAUGUGGCUGGGCUCACAAAGUGGCAAUUUGUAUGUACAUUCAUCCGUGUCACAAUGGAAACGAUGCCUGCAUUCUGUGAAACUUCCAGACUCUGUGUUAAAUAUUGUGCACACCAAAGGCAGAGUCCUAGUAGCAUUAGCAGAUGGAUCUGUGGCAAUAUUCCAUAGAGCUUCAGAUGGCCAAUGGGACUUGAAGAACUACCAUCUUUUGGAUUUAGGAAAACCAUCACAUUCGAUACGAUGUAUGGUCCUUGUUGCAAACAAACAUGUAUGGUGUGGCUGCAAGAACAGUAUCCAUGUAGUGGAUCCUCAGAAUAUGAAAGUAGUUAAAAGUUUUGAUGCUCAUCCUCGGAAAGAAAGCCAAGUGCGGCAACUUGCAUGGGUUGGUGAUGGUGUUUGGGUGUCCAUAAGACUAGAUAGCACUCUUAGGUUGUAUCAUGCCUAUACUUACCAGCACCUACAGGAUGUAGACAUUGAACCAUAUGUUAGUAAAAUGCUUGGUACCGGUAAACUUGGAUUUUCAUU